AUGAGUUCAACUACUACCCGAAACCUCUCCCAUAUCGUCCCACUCGACUUCAACUCCAUCCACACAUUUCCCGACUCCCACACUUGGGACUCCUCCACGGACCACCACCCCUUCACAGAACUCGUACCCAUCAUAGACCUACUCGACCCGAAUGCCGCCUCGCUCAUACAGCUUGCCUCUGAGCAAUGGGGUGUGUUCCAAGUCACCAACCACGGCAUUCCAAUGAACUUAAUCCAAGAAGCGGAGCUACAAGCCCGUGGAUUGUUUGAGCUGCCUGGGGACCAAAAACUCCAGGCACUUGUAGACCAAAAACUCCAGGCACUUGUAGUCAAUGUAGGUGAUUUGAUGCACAUGCUACCCAACGGCCGGUUCAAGACUGCAGUGCAUCGUGCGGUUGUCAAUGAGCUAUAUCAUCGCAUCUCCAUCGCCUCCUUCUACAGCCCACCAUACGACGUGAAGAUAUCACCACCGAUGAAGUUGAUCGACCAAGAUCAUCCUCCCCUAUAUCAACCGGUAACUUGGAAGGAACACCUUGGUACCAAGGGAACACAUUUCAACAGAGCACUUGAUCUAAUGAGGAAUGACACCAAGCACCAUACAUGUAUGAAUAGAAAGCCUACUCAGCAUACAUUCUUUUAA